AUGACUGCUGCUAGGAGGGCAAACCCCUUAAUUGAUCAAGAUAACCGUUUUCUUGGGUUUCAUUUCACUGAAGAACCCACAGAUACGGUAGCAAAAUCUGGACGGAUAGAGUUGAAUUGUCAAUAUGCCGUAUUUACGAAGAAUAUUGCGUCUCGCAUAGAAUGGCGGAAAGAUGGUGCCGAGCUUGGUACAUUACCAUCUGCGGGAAAAGUGUCUGUGGCAUCUUCUGGUUUAUUAAUUAUCGAAAAUGUUGGACCCUCCGAUGAAGGCUUAUAUCAGUGCGCAGUUCACAUAACGGACGAAAAUAGUUUCGUUUGGACGUAUCUUUCCCGGAGAGCAACUGUUCGGCUACCUUCUCUUAGCAGGUUCGAAAUACAACCAGAAGAUCGCAGAGUACAUGUCGGGCAGAGUGUUGCUUUUGCGUGCAUGCUGGAUUCUCAACCUUCAGCUCACGUCGAAUGGUUUUUCAAUGGCAAACGACUUAGUGAUGGUGAUGAUAGUUCUAUAACAAUAUUUCCGGUUACUUCGACGCUUGAGAUAAGCAGUGUGUUACCCAGGCAUGAAGGUGCUUAUCGUUGUGUUGCAACAAAUGAGGGGAAAACUCGUGCGAGCCGUGAUGCUCAACUUACUAUAAAGCCUGAAAAUAGUGUUGGCAAUGAAUUUUCGGAGCCAUAUUUUGUUUUGGAACCGCGAAGUGACGUGAUAAAUGAAGGCGAAUCGGUGGUACUAGAAUGUUUGGUUAAUGGAUGGCCACGGCCAGAUGUCAGAUGGUUGAAAGGUGCCGAGACUGUAUCAAUCACUGGAGACAGGAUGCGUCAAUUGGGUUUAUCUUCGUUCAUGAUUCUAAAAGCGAAAGCACAGGAUACAGGUGUUUAUACAUGCAGAGCAAGUAAUAGUCAAGAAUCGUUAGAUGCGUCGGCUACUGUGCAAGUUAAAGUGGCACCGAAAAUUGUAUCCGAGCCAAACAGCGUUGUGGCACAAGAAACAACGGAUGUUGAGUUCAAUUGCGAAGCUUCGGGAGAACCUGGUCCGGCUAUCAGUUGGUAUAAAAAUGGCGAAGCAAUCAUCGCGAGUGAAUAUUUUGUGAUAGAAGCAACUCGCUUACGAGUUCUCGGAUUAGUACGAAACGAUCAGGGUGUAUAUCAGUGCAUUGCUGAAAAUGAUGCUGGGUCUGUGCAAUCGAAUGCUCAGUUAAUUGUUGAUAGCUCCGAUUCAUUUUCGAUGGCUGCUUCAAGUGGACAGCCAAAAUUACCAUCAGAACCGCUAGGUGUUCGUGCAAACGUUGUUGGAAGUCGGUUUGUGGUAUUGAAUUGGGAUCCUCCUGUACAACGGCAUGGUGCUGUUUUAGCUUAUCAUAUUUUCUACAAGGAACAAAAUUCUUCAAGGGAGCGGAUGCUGAAUUCAUCAACAACAUCGUUCACGGUGACUCCUUUGCAACCGAAUACUACCUACAUUUUCCGAUUGCUUGCCGAAAAUGAAGCGGGUAUGGGAGAGUCAAGUUCUCAUAUUCUUAUUACGACGACAGAGGAAAAGACAGUUCCUGGUAAAGUGAAAAGUCUACGUGGCACGGCUUUGAGUCCGGAAACUGUCGAAGUAUCUUGGGAACCACCAGGUGGCAAUGGACCUGAGCCAAUACAGUACAAAUUGUUCUACAUUCGGAAGGAUCAUGAACCGAAUGAAAAAGAAACGCAGAUUGUGAUGAAAAAGACGUCUUACACUCUUCAUGGUAUGGAGAAGUAUGUCGAAUAUAUCAUUCGAGUCGAGGCAGAAGGUGUAAAUGGUGCUGGUUUAAGCUCUGAACCAAUUAUUGUAAGAACACUGUCUGAUUUACCAUCAUUACCUCCUAGCGAUGUUAGAGCUGAAGCAAUUUCAACUACUUCUAUUCUUGUACAGUGGAUGCCACUAUCAGCGGAAGAUAGGAACGGUGUUCUGACUGGGUACCGAAUAAAGUAUAAAACAAAGUUGCGCGGUGCAAAAGGCAAUACAUUGGUAGUUGAUGGAAACAACAGUUCAUAUACCAUAUCAGGUCUCGAACCUGGUACACAAUAUAUGCUUCGAGUUGCUGCUGUUAAUCAGAAUGGAUCUGGUCCAAAUUCAGAUUGGCUUCAUGUUGAUACACCGUUGGAAGACAAAGAUGAAGGACAAGUGGCUGGACCGCCAUUGUCGCUUAAAGUUCAGCCAUCUCUGGAUUCAAUUCAGCUUUCAUGGCUACCGCCUAGAGAUGACAGUGUGAUGAUCCGUGGUUACCUAAUUGGUUGGGGAAUUAACAUCCCAGACGUAGACCAAGUGAAAGUUCCAGCAAGUUUGCGGCUAUAUACGAUUAAUGGUUUAAGACCGGGCCGUGAUUAUGUGAUUUCUUUACGCGCAUACAACAUGAUAGGAAAUGGUUUUCCAAUCUAUGAAACAGUUCGAACACUUUCUCCGGAUUCUAAAUCCAUUGCAAAUGGACAACAAAAUAACAAAGAUUCAGGGCGAAGUGAAACGCCAGUUGGUGUUAGGGCACUGACACUUUCGUCAUCAUCGAUCCGAGUGACGUGGACUGAUGCUGAAAUGGAUAUACCUCACUUAAGACAAUACACUGUGCGAUAUGGUUCCAGUGGCGAGAGUGGUGGACAACGGCGUUAUAUCAAUACAUCUGAACUUGAAGUAGUUAUCGAAGGAUUGCGGCCCAAUACGCAGUACGAAUUUGCGGUACGAGUCAAUGCUGGAAAGUCAUCAUCCAUGUGGUCUAUGACUGCAGUAAAUUCAACAGCCCCAGCACCACCUUCGAGUGCACCACGUGACCUGACCAUCAUGCAGCCAACCGAUGGCGAUCCACAAACAUUGAUAUUGAACUGGCAACCUCCGAAGUAUGCUAAUGGCGAAAUUGAGGAGUAUUUGGUGUAUUAUGCAGAUCGAUCAGAUGCACCGGAUAAGGACUGGAUUCUGGAUGGAGUAAAAGGUGACCAUUUAUCAAUCAAACUAACCAAUUUAUUGCCACGACAGACGUAUUUCUUUAAAGUUCAAGCGCGUAAUAUCAAAGGAUAUGGUCCUUUGUCUCCAACGUUGCAAUUUGUCCCUGGUGCACCACCACCACGAUUAUUCCAAAGCAUUGACACCAAUUUGGAAACUCCUCGCCUGGCAUUGUUUUCUACGCCAGCUUAUCUGGCACUCAUGGCGGCAACUAUCGUUCUGCUAAUGAUAUUACUGGUCAUUGUGGUUUGGUAUGUUAGAUCAAAGAAUGGCAAGAAGUCAGCAGCUUCAGGAUAUAUGCGUGGAAGAAAACAGAUGAGAAAUGGCAAAGGCCCGCCCGAUUUAUGGAUUAAUCAUCACAGUGGAGGACACCAAAUACAUGAGCCGGAGAAUCUGAUUGAAGAGGCUCUUGCAACAUCGUCAAGCAAUUUAAAUCACAGCGGUGAUGCGACUGAAAUGAUCAAUUCGCCACGAUCUCAAUAUCUUGCUUACCAAGCUCACUUCAUCGAUGCCGAGUACAUUGAAUCGAGAAUGACUCAGUCGGCUAACGAUGGUAUCAUUCAACGACGGCGGCCUGUGGGAAAAGCAGAACUGUUCUCUACUCAUGCCGUUGUGUCACAAAAUCCAUUAAAAGGUGAUUGUAAUGGUACUUUAACACGAAGUUAUCAUCAGUCAUCGACCAGUCUUGAAGGACGACAAAGAACUCCUCAAAUUCUCUACACACAUGCAGGCCGACAUCAGGUAGCUAAAAUCGAUUUUUCCGACCAUAGCUCGACGUACAGUUCGUCUCAGGCACUUCACAUAUCGACUCCACCUCCACCUCAGUUACCUAAUCAAGGACCACCCGUUGCUCCACCCGCUCAACUGCUCAGCAACGAUGGUUAUAGGACGUUACGCAAAAAUUCAGUAAAUUCAAAUCCGCUGAAAUCAUUUACCCAACUUGCUGGAGCACCACCACCAAUUACUCCCAUAUCAGGUGAACGAAUGGCACAUGUCGUUAGACCUCUAGUUGUUGCAUCACCAAAUACUAGAAACGGAAAACCUGCUGGUGUUGUUAUUGGUCAGAAAUCAUCUAAUGUUCCUGUGGGACGUGCAGCUGCACAACCUCGUGUUAACGUCAAUAAUAUUUAUGCACCAUAUGCAUCUUGUGCGGUGCCGGAGAAAAUCGCAUUGCAGCGUGAAAAUGUUAUUGAAGCACAACCAUUGCAGGCUUCAGCUUCAACAGAGGAGCUGAAUGCCCAAAUGGAAAAUCUGGAUACAAUGAUCGAUGAUUUACAAGCGCUUCAACAUGAAUUCAGUGCAGCUACAUAG